AUGGCUGAGGAUAAGGAUAAGUCGGUAGUGGCCGAUGACCGUACGGAAAUCUUCCGGACGGAGAAGACCAAACUUAAUUGGGGAGCUAAUUACUUCCUAUUCUUUGUCUUCCGAAGGAUUCGGAUACACCCGGUGAACGUCUCCUCUGUGACGGACGCUAUGUGCAGCAGCUACGGCCAGGCCAGCAAUGAAUGCAAAAGUACCCUGCUGGAUAUUAUGGUGCAGGUAAAACGAUCCUUGAAGAAUAUCUUCCGCAUUGUAGAGGCGCCUGUAUUUCCAAACUGCCUUUAG